AUGCUGCUUAAACCUUCUACUUUCCGCUUGACUCGUCUUUCGGCUCGCUUGCCUAUCGCUCAGCGUACUUUCUCAUCCACCCCAAUUUCCCACUUCACCACAACAUCUUUCAAAAUGGGUGUUACUCAGAUCACUUCCGAGAAGGAAUGGCAGGAUCUCGUUGAGGGCAGCAAGGAGCCCGUCGUCGUCGACUUCUUCGCCACCUGGUGCGGUCCUUGCAAGGCCGUUUCUCCCCUCGUCGAGAAGCUGAGCGACAGCGUCACCGCCGUCAAGUUCUACAAGGUCGACGUUGACCAGCUCUCCGAAGUCGCCGCCAACAACGGCAUCUCCGCCAUGCCCACCUUCCUAUUCUACAAGGAUGGCCAGAAGCGCGAUGACCUGACCGUCCGUGGCGCCAACCCCCCUGCUAUCCAGAAGGCCGUUGCCGAUAUCUCCGCUUAA